AUGGCAGAGCUAUCAACAGCUCGUGGCCGUUCGGCCCUUGCCGUGAGCAUUGUCUUCACGUCGCUGGCUACCAUAUUUCUUGCCAUUCGUAUCUAUACCCGAGCGUUUUUGGUGAAACAGAUGGGAAGUGAUGAUUAUACGAUUAUUAUUGCCUUGGCUUUCUCAUGGGCGUUCUUUGGACUGUUCGUUGGAGGUGAGCCUGACGCAACUCCUCGUCUGUAUAAUCAUCCUGUCGCUCACAAUCCCUCAGAAACCUACCACGGCAUGGGUGCUCAUUUCGACACCAUUCCGCACCCGAUUUAUAUCACGCAAAUGAUUUGCUUCUGGGCCUCAAUCCCGGUUUACCAAACCAGUCUCAUCAUGACCAAGAUGUCCAUCCUUCUACAAUACCGACGAGUCUUCUCGACAACACCGCGCAUGCGCCUGGCCUGUUUCAUCCUAAUCGGGUUUCUAGCUGCCUAUGGCACUUGGACAAUCGUCAGCGCCUGGGCCAAUUGUGUCCCUGUCGCCAAAUUCUGGAACCCAGAUACUCCGGGCUUUUGUCUGGACAAGGAGGCAUUGUGGUUUUCUAACUCUGCUGUGCACAUCCUUACCGAUUUCUUGAUCUUGAUAUACCCCAUGCCGGUUCUGCGGUCUUUGCAGCUGCCAAGGAAGCAGAAGGUGGCCGUUAUGGGCAUCUUUGCUCUCGGUGGAUUUGUCAUGAUCACAAGUAUCCUCCGUUUGAAGAGUCUCCUCGUCAUCUCCAAAUCCACCGACCCAACCUACGACAACGUCGGCGCCGCCACCUGGUCCGCGGUAGAAUGCAAUGUGGCCAUCAUCUGCGCCUGCCUCCCCGGCACACGCGCCUUCUUCGCCAAAGUCUUCCCACACAUCUUCUCCACCCGCAGCGGCGGCUACAAGAGCAAGUUCACCCAGCCCUCGCGCACCCACCGCAGCGCAAACCCCACCACCUACCAAACAUCCCAGGUCCAAGCAUCCGUCGUCGGCGGCCACCGCGAAUCCGAAUAUGACUUGGAUGACUUCUCGCACUCGGGCUCGUCACGUGGCGGCUCGAUGAAGGAGAGUGAAUCUAAUGAAGGUCGUGCGGGGAUUAAGGUAACGACGUUUAUGACUCAGGAGUCGACUUCGAAUACAGCUGGUCAUAAUCAUAUGGAGAUGGAUGCGGAGAGUACGAGAAAUUUGGUGCAUAAGCGGAGUGUGAAUAGCUUUUGA